CCGGCCGAAGUUAAUCGUCUCCACUCUGCGCUUCUUGCCGCGGAGACUUCUGAUUCUGAAUAGGCUCUUCCUCUUUCUCAGAUCCCAUCGUAUUCUCCACCGUCCUCCCAUUUCCAGACCGCUCACUCUUUUCCUGUAGCAGAAUCCUUCGUCUUCUCACAAUCUUCCAUUUUAUUUGUUUUUCUAUUGGUCGGAUUCUACAUCUUAGGUUUUGGCCCUUCAAUAUCCGACCCAUUCUCGUGCGUCGUCUUCUUCGAUCCAUACGUGGACCCUGCCCCAUUCUUUUUCUGUUUCUCCCUUUAACGAUGAGGCGAAUAUGACGCCUCCACAUUAAACAAUUCUCGAAUAUUCAUUCCUUCUUACGGUUUUGCCCUCUGGAGGCAACUGUGUCGACCGUUUUGUGCUCACUGACGUGGCAUGAUUUGGAUCCUCCAUGACGAGUCAUUGUCCUCGUAGGAUUUUGCCACCUGGCGCGACGAGAAAGCGGAAGGAGAGAGAAGCCGUGUGCUUCCCAUCGGCCCCACCAGCAGCGACACCAACUACUACGGCUUAUUCGGCUCAUGCAAAGAAGCCGGGGAGGUGAAGCCGAUGUCAUCGAAUCGGCUUCUAGCCGGCUACAUGGCUCACGAAUUCCUGACAAGAGGUACUCUGUUUGGGCAGAAGUUCGACUCGGGCGGAGCGGAAUCUGUCCCCUGGGCUGGCUCCAGCUCCUCAGCUUCGGCGCAGUCGAGCAUGAUAAGGAAGGAAAAUAAUGGUUUCGCUGAGAUGGCAAGCAUAGUGAAGUCAGACGGGACCCACAUCCCGGGCGUUGUGAAUCCAAGUCAGCUCUCUAGAUGGAUGAAAACAUGACGUGGCGAGUUCUGAUUGGGAGAGAUGCAUAAAUGUGCGAAAUUGUUAGUUGACAGCUAAAAGAAAGGUGGUGAGUAAGUCUCGUAUCCAAUAUCCACACGAUAAGAGCAUAAAAGCGGGAUAAGUAUAAGCAUGGGAUUACGGUAUGUUGUUUCCCCUGUGGAGUUUUUCCAGCAGGGUUAACAGAACUAGUAAUUGUAUAGAAAUAGCUAGCUAGCGCCUUGCCUUGGGAUCAUAUGUUUUGUUUGAUUUAUGAAGAGCGAUCGAUAUGGAAUAUAAUAAAUGUAUUGCUACAUAUGUGUGGGGCGUUGAUUGAUUAUAUACAUAAUGCAGCCGUGGAGAUGUAUGCAUGUGUGAUCCAUGUUUUGAGUGGGAGCUGAACUAAAUGGAUGAUGAUGCUUUUGUGUG